CCCCCAGCUCCUGGCUGCUGGCACCAAGGCUCACUAACAGCAAGCAGAAUGGCCUUUCAGUCUGUGCUCUUUGUUUUCUUAGCUGGACUGGUAUUUUUCUCUGAAGCUGCACCACUGGUCUCCCAUGGCUCUGUUGAUUCCAAAUGCCCUCUUAUGGUGAAAGUGCUGGAUGCAGUCAGAGGAAGCCCUGCAUCUGAUGUAACUGUUAAAGUUUUUAAACAGGCUGAAGAUGGAAGCUGGCAGGACUUUGCUGUUGGGAAAACCACAGAGUAUGGGGAGAUUCAUGAGCUCACGACAGAAGAACAGUUUGUAGAGGGAAAAUACAUGGUGAAGUUUGAAACCAGCUCUUACUGGAAGGCGCUUGGGCUUUCUGCAUUCCAUGAAUAUGCUGAUGUGGUGUUCACUGCGAACGAUUCCGGCCACCGCCACUACACCAUCGCUGCUCUCCUCAGCCCUUUCUCCUACUCAACCACUGCUGUUGUCACUGAUCCCCAGGAAUAAACAUGUACUGUCUGUUCACACUUUCCUCCACUAGAACUAUCAUAGGCUUUUAGGAGGAAGGUUUUUUCCUACUGCUAAAGCAUAACCUUUUGCCACAUUAGUUGUUUUUUUUUUUCCAUUUUGUAACCUGGCAAACUUCAGACAAGACAAUAAAAUAUUACUU